AUGCCUGGAUUGGACAGAAAAUUGGUAGAACACAAGUUGCCUAUCAGGGAAGGAUACCUUCCAGUCAAACAGGCCAGAAGGAGAAUGUCCAUGGAGACAGAACUAAAAGUCAAAGAAGAGAUAGAAAGGUUGCUCAAGGCAGAAUUCAACAGGCCGGCCAUUUACACUGAUUGGUUAGCCAAUAUUGUGCCAGUUCUGAAAAGGAAAACAGGGGCAGUUAGGAUCUGUGUGGAUUACAGAAAUCUGAAUGAAGCAUCCCCCAAGGAUGAAUAUCCUAUGCCUAUGGCAGAUAUGCUAGUAGAUGGAGCUGCCCAGAACCAAAUGCUAUCUUUCAUGGACGGCAACGCAGGGUAUAACCAGAUCAUGGUAGCAGAAGAAGAUAUCCACAAAACAGCUUUCAUGUGUCCAGGGCACAUAGGUGCUUUUGAAUACACUGUAAUGCCUUUUGGCUUACGAAAUGCAGGAGCCACUUAUCAAAGAGCAAUGAAUUCUGUUUUCCAUGAUAUGAUAGGACAUUCUCUAGAAGUAUAUAUAGAUGAUGUGAUAAUCAAAUUCAUGGUAGCAGAAGAAGAUAUCCACAAAACAGCUUUCAUGUGUCCAGGGCACAUAGGUGCUUUUGAAUACACUGUAAUGCCUUUUGGCUUACGAAAUGCAGGAGCCACUUAUCAAAGAGCAAUGAAUUCUGUUUUCCAUGAUAUGAUAGGACAUUCUCUAGAAGUAUAUAUAGAUGAUGUGAUAAUCAAAUCCAAGGAAGCUGAAAGUCAUGUGUCGGAUCUGAGAAAGGCAUUCCAAAGAAAGAGACAGCAUAAAUUGAAAAUGAAUCCUAAAAAAUGUAUUUUUGGAGUGCAGGCAGGAAACUUCUUGGGUUUUUUGGUCCAUCAAAAAGGCAUAGAAGUUGGUAAAAAUAAAGCAAAGUCCAUCAUAGAAGCUCAACCACCUCGGCACAAGAAGGAGCUGCAAAGUCUUCUGGGAAAAAUUAAUUUCCUAAGAAGAUUCAUAUCCAAUUCCGCGGGAAAGAUUCAGCCCUUUUCUUCCUUGUUAAGGCUAAAACAGGAACAAAUUUUCAAAUGGGAGGAACAGCACCAACAGGCUUUUGAAGAAAUUAAACACUAUCUGUCAAAUCCACCAAUUCUGUCCCCACCAAAGAAGGGCAGACCGCUCAAACUCUAUGUGUCUGCGUCAGGAACAUCAAUUGGAAGUCUGUUAGCCCAAGACAACAACGAAGGGAAGGAGCAAGCGGUAUACUAUCUGAGCAGAACUCUGAUAGAAGUAGAAAGAAAUUAUUCUGCGAUCGAAAGGCUUUGUCUGGCUUUAUAUUUCACUGCUAUAAAACUCAGACACUACAUGCUGCCAUUUACCAUUUAUAUCAUUGCCAAGACAGACCUGAUCAAAUAUAUGCUAACAAGGCCGAUGCUAAGAGGCAUAAUUGGGAAAUGGACUCUGGCUCUGACAGAAUUUGCUUUCAGAUAUGUCCCUCAGAAAGCUGUCAAGGGACAAGCUGUAGCAUACUUCCUAGCCGAUCAUCCAGGAGAAGAAAUUGAAAAUAUGGACUCUUUGGAUAUAGCAAAUGUAGAUCUAUUGACAAGAGCUCAUGUUUGCCUUAAUAAUCCCAUUUAUUCGAUUCAUCUCACACCAUGGAAGUUGUAUUUUGACGGAUCAAAAACUGACUUAACCUCCGGAGCAGGAAUUGUUCUAGAGGAACCUUUGGGAGUCAGACAUUGUUAUUCUUUUCAGCUGGAUUUCCAGUGUACCAACAACAGGGCCGAAUACGAAGCUCUAAUCAUUGGCCUCGAAAUAUUGGUAGAACUCGGAGUCCAGUCUGUGGAAAUCCUGGGAGAUUCUAUCCUUGUUUUAAAACAGAUUGCUGGAGAAUACAAAUGUUUGAACCCUGCCUUAGCUGUCUAUUUAGUAGCAACUAGGAAUCUGUUGACAGAAUUCAGGGAAGCCACUUGGGAACACAUCCCAAGAGAAGAGAACUUUGCAGCCAAUGAACUGGCUCAAAUAGCUACAGGAAUACAAAUCCCGGAAGAUUGUGUGCAAAGGAUUAUCAGGGUAGGAAAGAAAAGUCUGCCAUCUGUUCUGACCAGAGGAAUGGAGGUAGAUGUCAAUUCUGCCAUAAUCACUGAAGAUGAUUGGAGAACUCCCAUCAUAAACUACUUGCAGUAUCCAAUUCUGCCUUCUGAAAAGAAAGUCAGAAUCAUGGCUUCAAACUAUAUUAUGUGGAAUGAAGAUCUGGUCCGAAAAAGCAAGGAUGAGAUAUUGCUAAGAUGCUUGGGAAAGAAAGAAUACAUGAAGGUCAUGGGAGAAACCCACGAAGGGAUAUGUGGAGCACAUCAAGGUGGAAGGAAAAUGUGUUGGCUAAUCAGAAGGUAUGGUUAUUUCUGGCCAACCAUGAUGAAAGAUUGCAUUAAUUAUUCCAAGGGAUGUGAAGCUUGUCAAAGACAUGGACCAAUCCAGCAGGUUCCCUCGGUUCCCAUGAAUCCAGUAGUCAAGCCAUGGCCAUUCAGAGGAUGGGCAAUGGACCUCAUUGGCAAGAUUUAUCCAGCCAGCAGCCAACAGCAUUGUUUCAUCAUUGUAGCAACGGAUUAUUUUACCAAAUGGGUAGAAGCCAAGCCUGUUAAGUCUACCACGUCUCAAGAAAUCAUCACUUUCAUAGAGGAACAGAUCAUACAGAGAUUUGGUAUUCCAGAAUCAAUCACUACCGACAGGGGAUCUUCUUUCAUAUCUGGAGAUAUGCUAAACAUGGCAGAAGCGUUCAAGUUUAAGUUGCUCCAAUCCACUCCUUAUUACGCUCAAGCCAAUGGACAGGCAGAAUCAAGUAACAAAGUGAUAAUCAAUAUUAUUAGAAAAAUGCUUGAGAAAAAUCCAAAGCAAUGGCAUGAGAAACUGUCAGAAACAUUGUGGGCGUACAGAACUUCAAAAAGGGAAGCAACUGGCAUGACUCCGUAUGCCUUAACUUAUGGACACGAUGCAAUUCUGCCUAUGGAAAUUGCAGUUCAAUCCCUCAGAAUUGCUCAUCAACACGAACUAGUGGGAGAAGACUACAACCAAGCCAUGUUGUUAGAACUGGAAGGGUUGGAUGCAAGUAGGAUUGAUACCCUCAACAAACUCUUAGCAGGAAAACAUGCUGUGUCAAGAGCGUAUAACAAGAGAGUUAAAAACAAGAGUUUUGAAGAAGGAGAGAUAGCUGUGCAGACAGAUCCUGGGAUAGAAAGGCAACAACUUGAAACUGUUGUUUGA